CAUUGUCCAAUAUCGAGGAACUCCUCUGCACCAUAGUAACCCACGCACUAAAAGAAUUACAGAAGUAUUCGUCUUCGCAGUUCGGCCGCCGUUGUUGGUCUGCAACUCUGUGCAUAUUAGAAGGUAACAAAUGACAACCAACGGAAAAUUUCAACUGUUUUCAUCUGCUGACGUUAAACCUAGUUUGGGUUUAGGAUUCUUGGAGUCGACGGAGCCGCCGCUGCCACCUCCUCCUCCCUCCACCGAAGUCAUUUCCUCGGAGAUUUCUUCUUCUGUGAAAUACACUGUGGAACCUGUCAAUUUAGGUGGCCUUACUUUACUCAAGGGAAGGGUGAGUACUAACGAGGUUCUUGGAUUGCCUAACUCUGAUUUAGUCCCUGGAAUCUAUGAAGGGGGACUGAAGCUAUGGGAAGGUUCAUUAGACCUUGUUAAAGCUCUGCAGUCCGAAAUUCAAAAUGACCAUCUAUCACUUAAGGGAAAACGCGUGUUAGAGCUUGGAUGUGGCCACGGACUUCCUGGGAUAUUUGCAUUUCUCGAGGGUGCAGCUGAAGUGCAUUUUCAGGACUUCAAUGCUGAGGUACUCCAGUGUCUCACCAUCCCAAAUGUAAAUGCAAAUCUUUUGGAGAAGUCUCAACCCGACACCGCAUCCAAAGCGCGCUUCUUUGCUGGUGACUGGAGUGAGAUUCAUCAGUUACUUCCUCAUGCGAAUGAAAGUGAAAUUGACUCAGAGCACGGUCAAGCUACUGGUUAUGAUGUUAUUCUAAUGGCUGAGACGAUUUACUCGAUCUUUGCUCAAAGGAAUCUCUAUGGACUUAUAAAGAAGUGCAUGAUCCACCCACAUGGAGUUGUAUACAUGGCUGGAAAGAAACAUUAUUUCGGUGUAGGAGGGGGAACACGACAAUUUCUUUCUAUGCUUGAGAAAGAAGGUGUUAUGGCUGCAACUCUUGUUACUGAAGUUGCUGAUGGUUCCUCUAAUUUACGAGAGGUAUGGAAGCUUUCGUAUAAGUAGAUCCUCAAUUUUGGCCCCAUUGUGAUAUUGACUGUGCUAGAAUGUUUAACAUUAUGAAUUUCAAGAAAUGUUCAUGUACUCUGUAUCAUACUCUAGAAAUAUACUAUACGAACUAAAGUA